AACAAUAUUAUUUUCAGAUGAAUUUGUGAAGAAUGAAAGCUCCCGCAGGUCUAAGUAGUUCUAUUAAUUCCUUGACAGGAUCUAUCCGUCCUCUAGAAUCAGUCAAGGUUGUUGUUAGAUGUCGCCCAUUAAACGAGAAAGAGAUUGACGCUGGGCACGAGAGCUGUGUUCAAAUCUACCCAGACCGAGGACUGAUCGAGCUCAGAAACCCUAAACUAGGUCCAACGGAUCCCAUUAAAACCUUCACCUUCGACGCCGUGUACGACUGCAACUCCAAGCAGUAUGAUUUGUACGCAGAAUCAUUCGCACCCUUGGUUGACGCAGUUCUUGACGGCUUUAAUGGGACUAUAUUUGCGUACGGUCAAACUGGCACGGGUAAAACAUACACCAUGGAGGGUAUCCGAUCCGAACCUAAUAACAGAGGCGUUAUUCCUAACUCCUUCGAGCAUAUAUUUAGCCAUAUUUCGAAAUCCGCAAACCAGCAGUAUCUGGUUCGUGCCUCCUACCUCGAAAUUUAUCAAGAGGAGAUUCGAGACCUUCUUUCGAAGAAUCAAGGAAAGCAGCUUCCGCUGAAGGAACGGCCGGAUACCGGGGUUUAUGUCAAGGAUCUCUCAUCAUUCGUCUGUAAGUCAGUCUCAGAAAUAGAGCAUGUGAUGUCCGUCGGUAAUCAAAACCGGUCCGUCGGUCCGACAAACAUGAACGAACAUUCGUCCAGAAGUCACGCCAUCUUCAUCAUCACGAUCGAAUGCAGCCAACUGGACGAUGAAGGAAAUUCGCAUAUUCGAGUCGGAAAACUCAAUCUCGUGGAUUUGGCGGGAAGCGAACGACAGUCGAAGACAGGAGCUCAGGGAGACAGGUUUAAAGAAGCGACUAAAAUCAACCUUAGUUUGUCGGCUCUGGGCAAUGUAAUAUCAGCUUUGAUAGAUGGAAAGUCGACAUAUAUUCCAUACAGAGAUAGCAAACUUACAAGAUUGCUUCAAGACAGUUUAGGAGGAAAUGCCAAAACCGUGAUGGUUGCCAAUUUUGGUCCUGCCAGUUAUAAUUACGAGGAAACUGCCACCACUCUCAGAUACGCUAAUAGAGCAAAGAAUAUUAAGAACAAGCCUAGAGUUAACGAAGACCCUAAAGACGCCUUACUCCGUGAAUUUCAGCAAGAAAUUGCGCGCCUUAAAGCUCAAAUUAAUGAAAAAGGCGGAGAGAAGAGUAAAAAGAAGAGAGUGAAGAAGAAGAAGAAGGUUCCGAAAGAGAAGAAGGAAACCAGGGAAGAGAAUGAAAAUGAAGAUGAACCUAAAUCUGUCGAAGAUUCUGGAGAGUCUGUUUAUGAGGAUGAAUAUGAGGAGGACGGCGAGGCGGAGGGGGCGGAUGAUGAAGAAAUUUCUCUGAAAGAAACGGCGGAGAGACUGGCAACGGAGAAGGAACUCCUAGAAAACGACACAUCAAUGCUGGCGGAGGAAAAGAAUAAAAUCCUCGAGGAAAUGAGGCGGAAGGAGGCGAUGUUGAGCCGUGAGCGGGCGGAGAAAGAAAAAUUGGCGGCUAAGAUUGCCGCCAUGGAGAGUAAACUACUGACCGGAGACGGGAAGACUAUUGUUGAUCAUACCAACGAGCAGCAGCGAGCACUAGAGCAGAGACGAGCUGAAGUUGCAGCAAGACGGAAAACCGAGGUUGAGGUUGCACGAAGGUUGGAAGAGCAGGAGGAGAAGGGAGUUGAACUAGAGAAAACCUACUCCAGUCUCCAGCAGGAGGUGGAGAUUAAAACCAGGAAACUUCGUAAACUGUUCUCUAAACUACAGACAACAAAGCAGGAUAUUGUUGAUGUGACCGAGGAGUAUAACCGUGACCGACGUGACCUUGAGCUGACCCAGGAGGAACUGUUGAAGGAGUUGAAGCUGAAGUAUCUCAUCAUCGAGAAUUUUAUCCCUGCUGAGGAGAAGGAGAAGGUUCUAGCUCGCGCUAGAUUCGACGAGGAUGAAGACUUGUGGAAACUUGGACCCUCUCGUCCACAGUCAGGAACUAUCAGUAAAAGACCUGUAUCGGCGGCCGGCUCACGCCGACCUGUUUCUGAAUAUGCCAGGAUGUUAAGUAGCAUUGGAGGAAACCCGAGAUAUCGAGGAGAAAAUAUUAUGAAACUAAAUCUGGAUCAUCCAGCAAGAACAACACGUGACUAUGAAGGCCCAAGUGUGGCGCCUCGUGUUCAGGCAGCACUCGACGCGGCAAUGAACAACAUCGAGGAAGAUUUGGAUAUCGACGCGCUCGCGAUAACCAACGCGUUUGCUGUAAAAGGCACGCGUAAAGAGAAAAAGAAAGCACGGCCUAAGAGCGGUCGGGACCGACGUGAAAACUAUCCGCAAUCGCGGGGUUUGGUCCCGAAAUGAUCAAAUUUGACUCAUCAGGGAGCCGGCGGCCUGCCAGAGUUCAGAAAUUGGGAAUUCGAAUCCGAUUUUUCGGACUCUGACAGUGUCAGCCUCAAUACCGUCAUAGAUUCUUCAGAGAACCGUCGUUUCAAAUCCAAAACUUGCAAUCAGUCAAUCAAUUCCAAUUUGGCCUUUUUUUGUGUAGUUUGCUUGGUAUGUCGGCUUCUGCAAAUCAUUUUUCAAUCAUUUUUGAAAAUAUUUCAUUAAAAUAAAAAUUCGCAAAAAAAUAAGUAUACAAUGUAUUGUACAAUGUCCAUAUAUUCUACACAAUAAGAAAACUUACUGGUACUUUUUUUAACACCGGUUUCAUUACUUAAUGAAAAAUCUACCAAUAAAUCUUUAAAUUAUUUGUACGGUAGUAAUUGUCGAAUAAAUUAACCAUUUCUAGUCGAAAUGAAAAUUAAUUCCUUCAAAUACAUAAUAAAACCGAAAUCCUUUUAUUUUUGUUUUUAGCUGCCGGUGUCCUUAGAUGAGUCCGGUGCACAUGUAUCUGCUUAUUACAAAAAUGUAUUGUAUGCACCGUUUUUUUUUUUUUUACUGAUUGGUCAUAUUUUUUUGACUUUGCAGCGCAUAUCAUUAGUUUAUAGCCAAAUUAUCCACUAAAUUAUUUUGUAAACAUUUUUUCAGUUCUUAAAGGAACUGCCAUUCUAUUUAACGAACUUCUUGUCCUAUUCACAGCGGUACCAUCAUCUUUAAACUCUUUUCUUUGUUGCAGUAUUUCGUUAUUCACUUAAAACACAGAAAUUGCAACGGGAAAUUAUCAAUUUUCUGACCAGAUUAUCUACAUGUUUUUUUGUAGAGACAAAGUUGUAAGAGGUACCGUUGCGAUUCUGACAUUAACUCGUUAAAUUUAGACUCAAGAGUCACUAGGAAUUAUGUCAUAGGCCUUUGAAAUAAAAUCCAGACAGUUUUCCAGGUUUGAAAACCGGUUGUUGAAAUAUUUCGUGGAUUUGCUGGUUCUCUAUUCUAGUUUUUCAAAUUAAAGCAUUAAAGAAAAGAUUAAGUUCCAAAAUCAUCUCUAUUCAGUGUUCAAGUACAGAUUUGUUGUGUUCAUGUACACUGCCGUUGCGCAACGUACUUAAAUGUACUCAAAUGUACUAAAACAUACUAUUAUUUAAUCAAAUGUACUAAUAUUUACUUCGAUGUACUUAAAUGUAUUUAAUUGUACUUUUUAAUAUGUAUAUUGCCUUAAAUCAUGCCGUGAAUUAAGCACCAAAAUUUCCCUUCUCGCAUUUUCUUGUAGGAAAUAGAGUAAAUAUUGGAUAACAACCAAAUACGUACGGCGGGUUAAAAACACUCAAUACGUUAUAUACUAAGCAACUACUGAAUCCUAUUUUUAUCAAGUUAUGUCUUUUUUUAGUGUUUUUUUUUCUUUAAAAAUAUUCUACUUUCACACAUCGUUUGGUCCCAAAUUGAUUUUGUUCUUUACAUGACAAUCUUUUUGAUCACUAUAAAGUGCUUUUUUUAGUACAAAUUCCUGCACCUGAUCUCAUUUAUUUAUUUAUCUAGUCAUCCAAUUGUGAUACUUAUAUUAUUAUUUAUUUUAUUUAUUAACUUGUUCUUAAUUCUGGUUUUCUUUCACUUUUCACAAAUAUUCAUCACUCUCUGUCAAGUUUAAACUUAAAUCUAAGUUUAUUCUAACAUAAAAACCUCUGUGUGUAAAAAAUAGUCCACAAAAUGUAAUAUUUAUCAAAAAUAAUGAAUAUCUUGUCUUAUCUUUAGGUCCAAAAAUUCACUUAAAGCCUCAUUCAAUAAAAUACUCUAAAACUUCCUUUAAAAAUUUGGAUUUAGAAUUUUUUUAUCACACACCCUAAGGAAUACAUGUUAACAAAUCUUCUUUUCCGAUUAUUUUGUUAAUCACAAAAAAAUCAACUUCUUUUAUUGUACAAUGUACAUAUACUUACAUAACAUGUUAUAUGAUUAUGUAACACACACUUAAACCCCUCAGUUGUACAUAGUACAUAUAUACUAACAUAACAUGUUAUAUGAUUAUUUAAAACACACUGAAACCCCUCAGUUCCACUCAUCAAAUAUUAAUUGUACAUUGUACAUAUAUACUUACAUAACAUGUUUAAUGAUUAUGUAACACACACUUAAACCCCUCAGUUCCACUCAUCAAAUAUUAAUUUUCUAGA